AUGUCUGUCCCAACAUCUAGCAAAGGCCAAUACCUCCACGGUCCAAAGACCCUCAACCUGGAAGAACGACCGCUUCCCGCCCCUGCAAGCGACGAAGUGCAAAUAGCCAUCCGCUCCACAACCCUCUGCGGCUCGGACGUACACUACUACACAUACAACCGCAAUGGCUCGAUUGAAAUCAAAGAACCUCUCUGUGGUGGCCACGAAGCAGCAGGCGUGGUCGUUGCACUGGGGCACGGAAUCCAGAACUCUACACCCCUAAGGCCAGGCGACAAGGUGGCUAUUGAAAGUGGCGUUCCGUGCGAGAACUGCCCGAAAUGCAAAAGCGGGCUGUACAAUGUUUGUCCCCAGCUUCGGUUCCGGAGUAGUGGUGCUCCGUUUCCUCAUUUCCAGGGAACUCUACAGGAGUAUGUCAAUCAUCCGGCAAGAUGGUGUCAUAAACUGCCGGAGCCAUUGAGCUUUGAUGAUGGGGCGCUGCUUGAGCCGUUAUCGGUGUGUAUUCAUGCAACGAAAAGGGCGCGGAUGGAGAAGGGCCAGACGUCUUUGGUAUUCGGUGCAGGGGCUGUGGGAUUGCUCUCGGCUGCUGUCGCGAAGAUUGAGUAUGGGAGUCGUGUUGUUAUCGCAGAUAUUGAUAGCGGCCGGGUGGGCUUCGCGGUUAGCGAGGGAUUUGCAGACGUGGGUUUUACUAUAAUGCCUAAGAGAGGCACUACCUCGGAGGAGAAGCUGGGUAUCGCUAGGGAGGUGGCUGAGGAAAUUGGAAAGUUAUCCUGGCCGCAAGGGGGGCAGGUAGGCCGGCUGGAUGUGGUCUUGGAGUGUACCGGGGUCGAAACUUGUGUGCAGACGUCUAUAUACGCAGCAGACAGUGCCGGCAAGGUUGUCCUUAUUGGGAUGGGAACAGCGAACCAACUCUGGCCAAUUUCGGAACUAACUGGGCGAGAGAUUGAUAUAGUGUCAGUCUGGCGCUAUGCUUCCUGCUACCCCCGAGCCAUUGGUAUCAUGGACGCCGUGGCCCGUCAGGGUAUGCUUCCGGAUAUACGCAAGCUCAUCACGCAUAGAUUUAAGGGUCUUGAGUCUGUCCCGAACGCCUAUGAGACGGCCGCGCAGACAAAAGAUGCCAAGUCUCAGCUGGUCAUCAAGACUGUUGUUAACCUGUAA